UCGCCCCAAAGCCAAGAACCCUUAUCUCCUCCCUCCUCUCUUCUCCACCCAUCGUCCCUUUCUUGAGAAAAAAAAAAUCUGUUUUUGUUUCUUCUGUUUAUGGUCUCAUCUCCAUUUUCGUUAUAUCUUCUCUGAGUUUCUCUCUUCUUCUUUUCUUUUCCUUUUUUCUUUCUCCUCCUUGUCUUAAUCCUGAUUCCUGGAGAGGGGAAAGAACAGAACCAGAUUUCUAGUUUGAUUCCUUAACCAUUCGGAUCAUCCCUCUCUCUCUCUCUCUCUGCCCCCAUCCCCUCAUUUUCCGGGAAAAUCCGAAACCCAGGGAGGAAAAGAGAAGAAACAUUUCAAAGUUUGGAUCUUUUUUAUGUGGGUAUUUUUUUUUUAUAAAGAAGCAUAAGCAAAGAUGAAGAUACAGUGCGAUGUGUGUGAGAGAGCUCCGGCGACGGUGAUAUGCUGCGCCGAUGAGGCAGCUCUCUGCCCUAAAUGCGACGUGGAGGUUCACGCCGCCAACAAGCUGGCCAGCAAGCACCAACGCCUUCUCCUCAACUCUCUCUACAAAUUCCCCCCCUGCGACAUUUGCCAAGAGAAGGCGGCUUUCAUAUUCUGCGUGGAGGACAGAGCACUUCUCUGCAGGGACUGUGACGAAGCCAUUCACGCAGCCAAUACCCUCUCUGCUAAUCACCAGAGGUUCUUGGCCACUGGAAUUCGCGUGGCUCUGAGCUCGAGCACUUGCAAUAAGGAAGUGCAGAAGAAUCAGUCUGAACCCUCCAAUCAGCAGAGCGCGGGCCAUUUGCCAACUCAGCAGUCCUCAAACUCGCCUCCUCUCUGGCCAGUCGACGACUUCUUCCACUUCUCGGGUCUCGAGUCCUGUGACAAGCAGAAGGGACAGAUGGAUGAUAUCGGGGAGCUGGAGUGGCUGGCGGACGUGGGUCUGUUCGGGGACCAGCUUCAUCAUCAUCAUGAGGAGGAGGAGGCUCUACCGGCAGCUGAAGUUCCCCAGCUUCCGGUUUCGCAACUGAACCACAUUCAUUCUUACAGACCCAUCAAGUCCAAUGUCUCGUACAAGAAGCCAAGACUUGAGAUCCAAGACCAUGAUGAUGAAGAACACUCCAUUGUCCCAGAUCUUGGCUAAGCUGUCAUCAAAAGAAGGAAAUUACAAUCUUCCUUUUCUUUUUCCAUUUUUGUUUUUCCCUGAAUCUUUGAUACAUUCGAGUGGGUGAUGUUCAUAGCUCCUGGACAUGGAAUCUCUGGUUUUUCAUUGGACACUAUGGCUUAGCAUGUAAUGUGGGAGCUUUUGCUGUUACAUUAGGUUUAUUAUUAUAUGCAUCAGUCAUUGCAUAGUUA